AUGACUUUACCGGCCUUCCUACGGAACGUCGUCUCCGUCAACCACAAAGUGAAGUGGGAGCCGCCGGGAGGUAAACAAGGCGGCUGUGCGAUAAAGGGCGCCAAGCUGCACGCUUUUGAUGAGCUCUGGAACAUCGAGGUACGAGUUUGUGCAGGUGUCCGAGUCCCGCAGGUCGAGUCGGGCGGGCACGAAGCCGUGCUCGACUGCGCGACGCUCGACGGAGCAACACUCCACCGCGCAGUCGCCCACAAGGCCUCAUUCGUCGGCGCGAGCCUCACGCGCGUCGCGGCGACCGGCGCCCUCUUCGAGCGAGCAGACUUCACCCAUGCCUCGCUCGCCGCCGCACAGCUGGGCGGCGGCGGCGUCGUCGGCUCGCUCACGGACUCGCUCUUCCGCGAGGCGAGCCUCAAGGGCGCCACCCUGAGCAGCAUCCAAGACUCGACCUGCCGCAGGGGCGCGCAGCUCGACCGCAUCCGCUUCGACCACGUCCGCCUCGAGGAGGUCGCCCUCAUCGAGGCUUCCCUCGUCAACGCCUCCUUCCGCUCCGCCACCAUCUCCCUCUCCGAGUUCGACCGAUCGCUUGCCACGGGAGCAAACCUCCUCAACUCUCAGCUCUCCGAGUGCAACGUUGAGCGCACCGACUUCACCGGCGAUCUCUCCACAUGCGCACUCAACAUGCGCUCCGUCGACCUGCUCCACCUCUCCGGCACGCCGGUCGGCCUCUGCCCCAGGGGCGGGGUGGGCAUGAGCUGCGUCGUGGGCGGCAGCCUCGCGCAAGCCCCGGCACCACCGGCACCGUCCGAGCCGCCCGAGCCGAAGGCGCCGCCCGCCCCAUCGCCGGAGCCGCCCGAGCCGCGAGCGCCUCCAGAGCCAUUUGCACCGAGCCCCCCGCCGCCCAUGCCGCCGCCACUGUCUCCGCCGGCGCGGCCACCGAUUGGCCCAAGGACGACCCCUACUGCGGCGCUUUUUGCGGUCGGCUAG